AUGCCAACCAUGGCCCACCUCCCACGGUUCAGGCGGGCCAAAAAGGAGCUGCCUGCUGGUCCCCCGCUGAUAACCAACGGUCUUGCUGGACCUAGCAGCAGCAACAACAACUCGACGACUGAUCCAACCGGAAAGAUCACCCCUCCACCUGGCGAUCUUCCUCUGCCGGUGCCCGAGUCGCCGCUGAGACCGUUUGGCGGGAAGCUCAGCCCUUUUAGUCGGGUUUUCCACCGGUCGCAGAAGCGGGCGCGCGAUUCGCCUCCCGCGUCGAUGCCGCAUUCACCUUUGGCGACUGCGCCGGUUGCUGGUUCGGUUGAUGGCAGGCCGGUGUCGCCUUUGAGUUUGAAGAUGGAUACGAGUGGGCUACAGACGGCUGGGGAGAAUAAUGGGGAGACUGGACAGCAGUUGCUGCAGGUACCACAACAACAACAACAACAACAACAACAACAACUGAAGGAGAAGCCAUCAUCAUCAUCAUCAUCAUCAUCAUCAUCAUCAUCAUCAUCCUCAUUGUUGCGAGUACCAAAGCAGGUGAAGAUGCCCGCGUUUCUGGAAUCAAACGAGAUAGACAUCGAAUUCAAAUUCGGCGAACUGGUCUGGCUCGAAAGAAUGCGCAUCCAACAAGGCCUCGAAAACGAAAACUCGUCCAGCUUCUCCCCCGACUUCCGCUGGGCUCGCGUAAAAGGGCCCCAUCUCCGAAAACUGGACAGGUACAUGAACAUCCAACCCUGGCACAACCACCGGAUCAAGCUCCAGGUCCCAGAAGGAAAACUCGACUACGUCAACGCCUCCCCCAUCGUCCUGCACCCUUUCCCCAUCAGCGGCCGGCCGAGAGAACCAGACCGGUACAUCGCCAUGCAGGGUCCAAAGCAAAACUCGAUGGACCACGUCUGGAGGAUGGUGGUGGAACAGGUCGAAUCGCCGGGUGUGAUUGUCAUGUUGACCGAGACGCACGAGGGGCACAUGGAGAAGUGUUUUCCUUACUUUCCACGGAGCCAGGAAGACCCCCCGCUUGAGAUCAACGAGAGGGAUGAGUUUGGGGAUGGGUUCAGGGCGACGGUCCGGUGCGACGGGUUGGAGCCCACCCCGGCAGGGGACGCGAUUGAGCUACGCAAGCUGGUCAUUACAAUCCAUUCCCGCGGCGGCGGCGGCGGCGGCGGGGGACAAAACAGGAAGAAAUCCCGCUCUCCGGUCCGGCUUUUCACCAACGGACGGGAUAAAACUCCUGAACCGAGCUCUGCGGCGACGAGGGAAACGGAGAGGGACGCGGAUAUGGACGUCAAGAUGAAGUCUCCUGGUGCUGCCACCUCGUCGUCUGGCACGCUCGAGGUUCCUGUUUUGGAGGAGGAUUAUGUCCCCUCACCUACUGAAUCGAGUGCGUCGAGUGGUGGUGGGGUGGGGGGGGCAGUUGAGGAGAAGAUUCUCUGGCACUUUCUCUAUAAAAAGUGGCCGGAUUUUGGCGUCCCGGCGAUGGAGGACUUGGACUCGUUUUUUACGCUGAUGGGCUUGUCGAGGGAGAAGAAUGCGGGGCCGCAUAAUCCGAGGAUUGUGCACUGCUCUGCUGGGGUGGGGAGGUCGGGGACGUUUAUCGCGCUGGAGCAUUUGAUGAGGGAGUUGGAGGCUGGGGUGUUGGAGCAAUGGGAUGAGAUGGUUGCUGCUGCGAACAACUUAGGAAGGGGUGUUGGGAACUGCGUCCACUCAUCAGCUACGGUGAAUCAGUUGAGGGAGCAGAGGAAGAUGAUGGUGCAGGCGGAGGGGCAGUAUCAGUUUAUUUAUGGGGUGCUGAGGAAGUUGUGGGUGGAGAGGUAUGGCGGUGGUGGUGGUGGUGGUGGAGAGGUUGUUGCUGGGUUGAGAGGGGGGGAGGGACAGGGACGAGAAGAGGAGGUAGAGGUGGAGGAGGUGAAAGAUGAUCAUAGGGAGGGGGAGCCGGCGAAGAAGAGGGUGGAGGUUGAGUUUGAGAAGAGUGAGGGGAGGGAUCCUUUUGCUUGA